CUCAUAAACGAUCAGAAUUUUGAUUGAAGUAAAGCUAUUACAAUGAGAACAUUAAUAAUUCUUGGAUUAGUUUUCACUAUUGCAGCAGCACUGCCUCAAUUCUAUCCAGGCGGCGGUGGUUUCUAUCCUGGUGGAGGUGGUUUCUAUCCAGGUGGAGGCGGAUUUGGUCGUCCUGGUGGUUUCGGUGGGGGCGGUUUUGGAGGUGGUUUUGGUCACAGACCCUAUGGUCGACCUGGAUUUGGGGGUGGCGGCGGCAGUAGUUCUGCAGCUGCUUCUGCUGCAGCAGCAGGUGGUGGUGGUGGCGGUGCUAGUGCUGCUAGUGCUAGUGCUGCAGCUGGUGGCGGUGGCAGACGUGGUAGCUCAUCAUCAGCAGCAUCAGCGGCGGCUGCUGGAAAAUAAUAGAUUCAUAUGCCAAAUUCAAAAUAUAGUUAAAUGAAAUUAAUUGUUGUUAUUAAAGUGUUAAUAUUAAAAAAAAAAAAGAAAUUAAAUUAUUAAAAAAUACAAGAAAUAAAAUAGUUUAAACAAUA